UUCCAACCAUUUCUGCUUUUUAAUUUGUCAUUUUUAACCCUAAAAAAAGGGCUAUUUAUUGUGGGUCUUCUCUGUGUACCGAUUGCUCUCUCGGUGGCAUCAACUAUCAAGCAGCAGCAGCGGCAGCAGCAGCGGCAGAAGCAAAUACUCUCCAGAGAAGGAAAGAAAGGAAAAAAAAACAAAUAAAAAAAAAAAAAAAAAACAUAGAUAAAAGAAAAGGCAGGCAAAGGCACGCACGCGUGAGAAGAGAGGAUCAUAAGAGCAAAAAGGAGUGAAGAAAAAAGGAGAGCAGAAUAGGAGGAGUAGAUAGACCGUGGAAUCUAAAAGAAUCACACACAAAGUCUGUGGUUUGGGGUGGUUGUUGCUGCUGCUGCUGUUGUUGUACUUGUUCGGCUGUUCCUCUUUAACCCUCGACCCCUUUCUUUUGUCGUGCUUCGUACGGUCUAUCCACCCCCUUCUCUCUGCUCUCUCUCUCCGGACCAGAGAGAUGCUUUAAUUGGCCUGCCUUUCAGCUUCCCCUGUUCUCAAACAGCAUUUCUUCUGAUAUAGGUAUAUAGAUACACACAAUCAUAGUGUAAUGGAGAAUGAGGCUAAGGUCUCUGGAAACAGUGGGGGAGAGCUGAUACGUGCGUCAUCCGCCGACGAUAUGAGGCCCUCUUACUGGCUGGAUGCCUGUGAGGACAUUACCUACGAUCUUGUCGAUUUCGACUCUUGUACUGUUCCCGAUUCUGUGGAUAACAUUUCCAAUCAGGAUGGCCUUGGUAGCGAUUUCUUCGGUGGACUUGAUCACAUACUUGAGAGUAUCAAGAAUGGUGGCGGCCUCCCUCUCCCUCCAGUUGCUGAAACUAAUUCCUCUGGCAAUGGAAAUUGCACUGCUGGUGGGGAUGGAUGUUUCCAGAACGGGCGGUCCCGGGACUCCAAGAUGCAAGCUGAGGAUCCAUUUUUGCAGUCCGAUGAAACCCAGAAGGAAACUACGGAAAAUAUAGUGCUGGUGGCGGCCGAGGGUUGCGGUAAUGGGAGUGAUGCUUGCAAGCGUUAUCAAGGCGAUAAUGGGAAUACUGUAGUGGAUGUGAAUGGGGAGCGGAGAUUGGUUCAGUACCCAAGCGAAGAUGGAGUGCCAAAGCUUGAGCGUAGGGGUACUGAGGGGUCUAGGGAGCGGGGUAUGGAUAUGGAAGAAAGGGGUAGUAAAAGGGCUAGGCUUGGUAACUACAAUAGUGAAAGGUGUCAUUUGAGCAGAGGGCAGUAUCACUCCAAGGAUAGGGAAAGGGGUUCUGGUAGGAAGAGGCCGCGAGAUUGGGAGGAGAUUGAUAGGAGGGAUAGGGAUAUUGCUAGGAGGAGAGAACAUUACGGUUGUAAGCGGAGGGAUGGGAGAGACAGAGAUUGUAGGGAUAGGGAACCGAAGGGCUAUUGGGAGAGGGAUAGGUUGGCGUCUAGUGAGAUGGUUUUUCGAUUAGGUACUUGGGAAGCUGACCGCCAUAAAGAGGCAAAGGUGGUCAAUGAAAAAAACCAGGAAUGCAAUGGAAGGGCAGAGAGGAAAUCUGAAGAACCUAAAGAAAAGAUUCCUCAAGAGAAAGCCCGACAAUAUCAAUUAGAUGUUCUUGAACAGGCAAAGAAGAAAAAUACAAUUGCUUUUCUUGAAACGGGGGCUGGAAAGACACUCAUUGCUGUGCUCCUCAUUAAAAGUGUGUCCGAUGAUUUGCAACGGGAGAAUAAGAAAAUGCUUGCUGUAUUUUUAGUUCCUAAAGUGCCACUAGUUUAUCAGCAAGCAGAAGUUAUUCGUGAACGAACUGGCUACCAAGUGGGGCAUUAUUGUGGUGAAAUGGGUCAAGACUUCUGGGAUGCGCGAAGAUGGCAGCGUGAGUUUGAAACAAAGCAGGUUUUAGUGAUGACAGCUCAAAUUCUGUUGAACAUUCUGAGGCACAGCAUAAUAAAAAUGGAAGCAAUUAAUCUUCUCAUUCUUGACGAGUGCCAUCAUGCAGUGAAGAAACAUCCAUAUUCUUUGGUGAUGUCUGAGUUCUAUCACACAACGGCAAAGGAUAAGAGACCAUCUGUAUUUGGAAUGACCGCUUCACCAGUUAAUUUAAAAGGGGUUUCCAGUCAAGUAGAUUGCGCAAUAAAGAUUCGUAAUCUUGAAAGUAAACUAGAUUCCAUAGUGUGUACCAUUAAAGAUCGUAGAGAGCUGGAGAAACAUGUGCCAACACCCUCAGAAGUUGUGGUGGAGUAUGACAAAGCUGCCAGCUUAUGGUCCCUUCAUGAGCAGAUAAAACAAAUGGAAGCUGAAGUGGAAGAAGCCGCAAAAUCAAGCUCUAGAAGAAGUAAAUGGCAAUUCAUGGGAGCUAGAGAUGCCGGGGCCAAGGAGGAGCUGCGCCAAGUCUAUGGUGUAUCUGAAAGAACAGAAAGUGAUGGGGCUGCUAAUUUGAUCCAAAAGUUGAGGGCUAUAAAUUAUGCGCUUGGUGAAUUGGGUCAGUGGUGCGCUUAUAAGGUUGCUCAAUCUUUUCUGACUGCUUUACAAAAUGAUGAGAGGGCAAACUACCAGCUUGAUGUCAAGUUUCAAGAAUCCUACCUCAACAAGGUUGUAUCUCUCUUACAGUGCCAGUUAUCUGAGGGGGCUGUUUCUGAAAAGGAUACAAAAGUUGCUCACUCGGAAAGCAAUGUGGCUCAUGAUGGGAUUGAUGCUGAUGACAUUGAGGAAGGAGAGCUUCCUGACAGUCAUGUGGUAUCUGGUGGGGAGCAUGUGGAUGUGAUAAUAGGAGCAGCUGUUGCUGAUGGAAAAGUGACACCAAAAGUGCAGUCAUUGAUUAAAAUACUUCUCAAAUAUCAGAACACAGAAGAUUUUCGUGCAAUCAUUUUUGUUGAACGAGUUGUAUCUGCUUUAGUUCUUCCUAAGGUCUUUGCAGAGCUUCCAUCUCUAAGCUUUAUUAAAUGUGCAAGCUUGAUAGGUCACAAUAAUAGUCACGAAAUGCGCACAUGCCAAAUGCAGGACACAAUUUCCAAAUUCCGGGAUGGUCGUGUGACAUUGUUAGUUGCCACAAGUGUUGCUGAGGAAGGCCUAGAUAUUCGACAAUGUAAUGUUGUUAUUCGCUUUGACCUUGCAAAAACUGUCUUGGCAUACAUUCAGUCUAGGGGCCGUGCUAGGAAGCCUGGGUCUGAUUACAUCCUGAUGGUUGAGAGGGGAAAUUUGUCACAUGAAGCAUUCUUAAGGAAUGCCAGGAAUAGUGAAGAGACCUUGCGGAAAGAGGCAAUAGAGAGAACUGACCUUAGUCAUCUAAAAGACAUUUCAAGAUUAAUUUCAGUGGAUACAUCUCCGGGAACAGUUUACCAGGUUGAGUCAACUGGUGCUGUUGUAAGCUUAAAUUCUGCAGUUGGACUCAUCCAUUUCUACUGCUCUCAACUACCCAGUGACAGGUAUUCAAUACUUCGUCCUGAGUUUAUUAUGGAGCAGCAUGAAAAGUCAGGAGGUCCUACUGAAUAUUCAUGCAAGCUCCAACUGCCCUGUAAUGCACCAUUUGAGAAACUUGAGGGUCCUGUCUGCAGUUCAAUACGUCUUGCACAGCAGGCUGUUUGUUUGGCUGCUUGCAAGAAGCUGCAUGAGAUGGGAGCAUUUACUGACAUGCUCUUACCAGACAAGGGAAGUGGGGAAGAAAGAGAAAAAGUUGAUCAGAAUGAUGAAGGAGAUCCACUCCCUGGGACUGCUAGGCAUAGAGAGUUCUAUCCUGAAGGAGUGGCUGAUAUUCUUAAGGGACAAUGGAUUUUAUCUGGAAGGGAUGUUUGUGACUACUCAACGUUGCUUCAUCUUUAUGUUUAUUCUGUUAAAUGUGUAAAUAUUGGCUCUUCGAAAGAUCCGUUCUUGACUCAAGUUUUAGAUUUUGCCGUACUUUUCGGCAAUGAGCUGGAUGCAGAGGUGUUAUCGAUGUCGAUGGAUCUGUUUAUCGCUCGAACCAUGAGUACAAAAGCAUCUCUUACCUUCAGGGGGUCAAUAGAUAUCACUGAAAGUCAGUUGGCAUCCCUCAAGAGUUUUCAUGUAAGAUUGAUGAGCAUUGUACUGGAUGUGGAUGUUGAACCUUCCACUACUCCUUGGGAUCCUGCCAAGGCAUAUUUGUUUGUCCCCGUGGUUGGCGAUAAGAAUGUAGAUCCUAUGAGAGAAAUUGACUGGGAUCUGAUUGAAAAAAUUAUUAAUACAGAUGCAUGGAAUAAUCCCCUUCAGAGAGCUCGACCAGAUGUUUAUCUUGGCACAAAUGAGAGAACACUUGGUGGUGACAGAAGGGAGUAUGGGUUUGGGAAAUUGCGUAAUGGGAUGGCUUUUGGACAGAAAUCCCAUCCCACCUAUGGAAUCAGAGGAGCUGUGGCAAAGUUUGAUGUUGUGAAAGCUUCUGGAUUGGUUCCUGGUCGGGAUGCCAGGGAUUUGCAAACGCAUAUGGAUUUGACCAGAGGCAAAUUGAUGAUGGCUGAUGCUUGUAUGAGUGCAGAAGAUUUGGUAGGGAGAAUUGUUACAGCCGUUCACUCGGGAAAGAGGUUUUAUGUGGACUCAAUACACUAUGAUAUGACUGCAGAGAAUUCUUUCCCAAGGAAAGAAGGCUAUCUUGGUCCUCUGGAGUACAGCUCAUAUGCUGAUUACUACAAGCAGAAGUAUGGAGUUGAGUUAAUCUAUAAGCAACAACCCUUAAUAAGAGGGCGUGGUGUCUCAUAUUGCAAGAAUCUAUUGUCUCCUCGGUUUGAGCACAAGGAAGCACAUGAAGGUGAAGCUGAAGAGAAUCUUGACAAAACAUACUAUGUGUUCCUCCCUCCUGAGCUGUGCUUGGUACACCCACUUCCUGGAUCACUUGUUCGUGGCGCCCAGAGAUUGCCCUCUAUAAUGAGGAGGGUUGAAAGCAUGCUGCUUGCAAUACAACUUAAAGAUAUUAUAAACUAUCCCGUCCCCGUUUCAAAGAUCUUGGAAGCCUUGACUGCUGCUUCAUGCCAGGAGACCUUUUGUUAUGAAAGAGCAGAGCUUCUGGGAGAUGCUUACCUAAAGUGGGUUGUUAGUCGAUUUCUUUUUCUUAAAUACCCCCAGAAACAUGAGGGUCAGCUUACGAGGAUGAGGCAGCAAAUGGUGAGUAACAUGGUUUUAUAUCAGUAUGCAUUGAGUAAAGGACUUCAGUCAUAUAUCCAAGCAGAUCGCUUUGCUCCAUCUCGAUGGGCUGCUCCUGGGGUUUUGCCUGUCUUUGAUGAGGAUGCCAAGGAUGGAGAAACAUCCUUAUUUGAUCAGGACAGAUCGCUUGCUGAAACUCAACAUGGGAUGGGUCGAUGUAUUGAUGCAUACGAGGAUGACGAAAUGGAAGAUGGUGAGCUUGAGAGUGACUCUAGUUCAUAUAGAGUCCUCUCCAGCAAGACUCUUGCAGAUGUUGUUGAAGCACUUAUUGGAGUUUAUUAUGUUGAAGGUGGGAAGAAUGCUGCUAAUCACCUAAUGAAAUGGAUUGGCAUUCAGGUAGAGUUCGAUGCUGAUGAGAUAGACUGCAUGCCAAGGCCAUCAAAUGUUCCCGAAAGUAUACUCAGAAGUGUUAACUUUGAGGCCUUAGAAGGUGCUCUGAACAUUAAUUUCAAAGACAGGGGCCUGUUGGUGGAAGCUAUUACUCAUGCUUCCCGACCAUCUUCUGGAGUAUCCUGCUAUCAGCGUCUGGAAUUUGUUGGUGAUGCUGUCUUGGAUCAUCUGAUAACAAGGCAUUUGUUUUUCACAUACACAGAUCUGCCCCCAGGGCGUUUGACUGACUUGCGAGCUGCGGCUGUAAACAAUGAAAAUUUUGCACGUGUUGCAGUUAAACAUAAUCUCCAUGUGCACCUUCGACAUGGGUCAAGUGCGCUCGAAAAGCAGAUUCGAGACUUUGUAAAAGAAGCUCAAGAUGAGUUAUUGAAACCAGGAUUCAACUCUUUUGGUUUGGGUGACUGUAAAGCUCCAAAAGUUCUUGGUGACAUUGUAGAAUCCAUUGCUGGUGCCAUUUUUCUUGACGGGGAGCGUGAUACUGCAGUUGUUUGGAAGGUGUUUCAACCCCUCUUGCAUCCAAUGGUAACCCCAGAGACACUCCCAAUGCAUCCUGUGCGCGAGCUUCAAGAAAGGUGCCAACAACAGGCUGAGGGCUUGGAAUACAAAGCAAGUCGAAGUGGCAAUUUGGCUACUGUUGAAGUCUUUAUUGAUGGAGUGCAGGUAGGAAUUGCUCAGAAUCCACAAAAGAAGAUGGCACAGAAACUAGCUGCCAGAAACGCACUCGCUGCUUUGAAAGAGAAGGAAACUGCUGAAGCCAAGGAGAAAUCUGAUGAAAAUGGGAAGAAAAAGAAGAAUGGGAACCAAACAUUUACGAGACAAACAUUGAACGAUAUCUGCUUGCGAAGAAACUGGCCGAUGCCAUUCUAUCGGUGUGUGAACGAGGGUGGCCCUGCACAUGCAAAGCGGUUCACAUUUUCUGUACGUGUAAAUACCACUGAUAGAGGAUGGACAGAUGAAUGUGUAGGAGAGCCUAUGCCGAGCGUCAAAAAGGCCAGGGAUUCUGCUGCCGUUCUUCUCUUGGAACUCAUAAAUAAGUUAUACUCCUGAUGGAAAUGAUCAGUAUUUGAUGUUUUCAACCCUAUUUUUGCAGUUGAAACAUCAUGCCAGACCUUUGAUUUUUGACCGAGGGCUUGGUUCUACUUCACGUGACAUUGUCUGUCUCUUUGUUGAAUUGAUACAUUCAAAAAUUUUAUGAACGUUAAUUGUAAACUA